CGGGGAUUUCAUCAGUAAUUGUGAGGGUAACAAGUUGUACCACACGUCAGAUUGUUGCCCAAAUGUCAUACUUAGAAGAAAAAACUCAGACGAAAAACUAAUGCAAGGAUCUCAGUCCACACAAGGCUGAGGGUGAGGAAAAUAUGAAGGCUCAGUGCUGUAUCUGCUCUGAUCUCUUUGACCAAGACGAUGACUCCAAUAUAUCUGCUGUUGCCUGUGGCCACACAUUUCAUGAAGUGUGUCUGAUGAAAUGGCUGGCCACCUCCAGCACGUGCCCACACUGUAGAAAGCAAGUAAACCGCAAGCAUAUCAUAAGAAAACUUUACUUUGAUAAGGCAGAAGACUACAAUGAAGAACGUGAUAAUCCUGCCAAAUUGAUUAACGAAGUGGAUAAAAUGAGAGUGGAUCUGCGCAAGGCACAGAAGCGGAUUGUAGAAGUAGAAGAAAGCAAGCAGGAGCUCAGUGAGAGAAUUUCGGAGAUCCUGGAAAGUAAAGAAGCUUUGGAGAAAGUUUAUAACAAGGAGAAAACAUCAACAAGCUGUCUACGAAAGCAGCUUAAGUUUUACGAGUCCCAGCAACGUGCUUUGGAAGCUGAACGUGAAGAGUAUAAAUCUGUCAAGAAGAGACUUGUGGAGAUGAAUGACAUUAAACGCCUUCUGGACGGUUGUAACAGUGAUGCUCAGGACAUGCUGCAGCAGUAUGGGAUGGAGAAGGAUCCCUUAAAACAGCUAGCCACCUACUGCGCCAUAGUCAAACGAGAAUAUGAGAAAGCAAAAAAUGAAAAAAAAUUACUGAAAGAAGAAUUGGAGAAACGUAGGAAGGACCUGUUAACAAAGGAGCGCUCUCUUUGUGAGAAAAGCAAAGAUGUUGUCAGUUUGACAGACCAGCUUAAGCAUUCUGAAAAUGACUUGAAACAUGCCGAAAAAGAAAAAGAAAUUUUGAAACAUAAAAUGCGACGUUUAAAAAGGGCAGUUUGUGUCCUGCUGAAACACAAAGCCCCAGCUUGGCCAGUGCAGUGAAGGAAGAGCACAUUAUACCGUCAACACCUUGUGAGUUUACAGAAACCUGGUAUUGACAAGAAUUUCAUUGACCUUGACCAGGACUUUGAUGUUGAAGGUCAAGCAACAGAUUUGGCCUUGACACCUGAGGUAGUCAGACCGAGUCCUAACACGCAGAUGAAACGACACUGUGAAGAAAAUGAUGUGCAAUAUGUAAAAAUCAGCAGUGCAGGUGACCAAAAUCCUGCAAAACGAAUGACCGAAAUGCAGGACAUCAGUAACCUGGCUGCCAUUGGCUCCAUGAACAUAUUCCGCAAGAAAGCAGGAAUAGAUUACUCUUGCUCUGUUAGGAAAGGUUACAAUGGACUCGGUGGGUACUUGACAUAUUCCCAACCAUCAACCUCAGGAAAGUUUCUCUCGAAGAAAACAUCAACAAAACCAAGAGCAAAUAUAAAACCACUGUCAAGAACAAACAAAAGUAAAGCACCAUUGCCAGAUUAUCCCAAACUGGACUUGUUUCCUGGAUUCCAACUAAUGCAAGCUGAAUAGAUGCUUAGUAUUGUGUGCUUAGAUGGUGUACAUGACAAUUAAUAUUUCUCAUUUGCUUAAGGAGUGCAUGAAUGUGGAGUUCUGCUCGUAUGCAUUUUUAUAUUUAUUGAUCACAGAGGAAUGAAAGAUGCAAUGUAACUGAACUGUAACGGUUAGAAUGUACGUGUAAUUUUUUUCACUCGCCUAGAUCUGUGUGAUGCGUUGAAGCAAGCAGGAGAUACAGAUAUAUUUGAACAUUGGCUUAUUCCCAGGUCUGAAGAACCUUAAAAAGGUUUGAAAUAUCAGCUUUCUGGUUUCAUGUUCAUGUGUAAGAAUUACAAAUGCCAUGCACUUUGGAAAUGUUAACAUUCCAAUCAAACACUCAAAAGUCCAAAUCUCAUUUAGAUGCAUUUGGGAAGACAGCAUCGGACAGAACAUAAAAUGCCGAUUUGACAGGAUGUUUUUUGUUGUGAAUGAAAGAGAUGUCAAAGGUGAAAUCAUUAAUGUAUGCAGCUCAACUGAAUCUAAAUACAUGUAAAUAUAUAAGUUAAUGGUAAUCUGUUAAUCGGUAAUAGUGUCAGAAGCACAUUUAGGUGACAUAACAAUGUGUGGCUUUCUGCAGCCAACUUUGUUUUUUCUUGAAAAUCAUGAAAACUAGGAAUUAAAACAUUUAGAAAUAUAUGUCUGACAUAAUUAUACAUGGUAAACUGUAUACCCUAAUUCUUCUAAAAUUUGGGACAGAUAUUAGUAGUCUUGAAAGUAGAAAUAUUACAUUUCUUCACCAGUGCUUUGAAAGAGUAAAGACAUAAGUACGUUGUUCAUUAGAUGGUCUAACCCUGUGAGGAAAAAAACUGAAUAUUCCUGCUAGAAUUACAUAUAUAUUGGCUAAAAUGAGCAGACCAUGUGUUCCAAAUUUUAGAAGAAAUAGGGCAAUACUGUGAAACUUAAUGGAAUGAUGGAAGGCAAUAGAAUGGUCAGCAAAACAUGGUUCAUUGGAAAUUUCUUUUAAUUUUCCACUACAAUACAUUUAGCAUAUCUGAAACAAUUUUCAGUUUUCAGUACCUCUUCAGAAAGUUAAUGGACAUGAUGAAUGUGCUUUGAAGAAGAUGUAGACCUCUUAAUUCUUAGAUGAUACAUGUUUUUAUAUUAUUUUUUAUAAUACAGAUUUUGGCAUCCAAUCGAUAUUUCAUUUUUUCUUCAAAAAUAUCAAAAUCAUCAGGUUGUGCUCUAAUCAAUAUGUAUGAUUCCCCUAAUAAUGUUUUAUGUUUGGAUAAACUAGUCUUACGUGUAUAAUUUUCACGACCCAUUUACCCUCAGAUAUGCACAUGCUUUGAUGAUGUGCACCCUUUAAAUCUGAAAUGAUGACUUUGGAAGAAAAAUCCCAGGUUUUGGCCAUCUUGACUUUUCCUGUUUGAAUCAGAUGUCCAGUAAACUUAUGCCGGCAUUUGAACUGAAGCACUAAUCUGCAAGCUGCCUUGUUUCUCAUAGCCUUUGUUGUAUAUGUUACAGAGAACAAUAGCCGAUGAUUUGAUAGUGUUGUAAUGUUGAAUGAAAAUAGUGACAUAAACAGCCAUAAUUUAAUACAUGUUCAGCUUCCUUUUAACAUAACUUUUACUUUUUAAACUGUAAAAUGUCUUUUGUUUGAUAAAUGAUAAAAUCCUUGCAGGAUCAAAACACAAUGAAGUAUCAGCAGAAAAUCAUUAAGUGAUGUCUGUUUUUAUUUUUGCGCUCAAGUCAGAUGAAGUCAAAUGUGCAGCUUGUAUGGUGGUCUUUAUGUACCAUGCUGAUAAUACACUGGGCUUAAAAUGAACACACAGGAACC